AUGGCCACGGCACUCGUACCAUCAACACCUGCGACGCUUUCGCCAACAAACUUCGCCGACCUAUCAGAGGACGUGCUUCUUUACCUGCUUUCCCGUCCAUCCUCCGACCCGAACCGCGAGCUUUCCCCGGAGGACCUCGCGCGGCUCGAGGCGGUCUGUUACACCCUCCGCCGCCCGCUGCUUCUCCCCCCGAAUCGCCGCCACUCCGUCGUCGAAACCGCCGCGCGCGCACGAUGCUUGCGCCACCCGCUUCUGGCGCGCGUGCCAGCGGACCUCCUGCGCGGAAUGGCGGCGCAGCGGUGCGGCGGAAGCUGGCUGCGCGUGCUGCGCUUCGCAUGGGCGGUGGAGGACGCCUGGGGGUUGCGGCGAGAAGCGGAGGAAGAGGCGCUGCGAGGGAGAACCCGCGCGCCGAGCGCCGGCGCGCGGAACUCUGGCGAGCUGGCUUCAGCAGUUUACGCGGGCGAUUACUGUUCAUUCCAAAUAAAGACAAACGGCGAGCUGUGGGUGUAUGGCUCAGGUUCGCGAGACGGCUCUCCCCAGUUCACCCUUCCCCCAGCCUCAAAUCAACCUCCCCGAGAUCAGCCCGCCCCAGUCACUGCCCCGGAUCAACCUCCCCCGAAUGAACCUGCCCAGGCGAGAGACGAGAACCAGGCGGCAGGUCAAGGGUGGGCGGCUGCCGCCCUUGCUGCCGGCCUGGCUGCCGUCCGACUCGGAACCGGGCAAGCCGGCACUGCCGCACAAUCAGGCUCGGAAAGGCAAGACGCUCAGGCGCAGCAGCAGGCGCAGCGGCAGGCGCAGCAGCGGAGGGGAGGGGCGCGGGGGCGGAGGGGGGCUCUGAGGGCGCAAAUCGUGGUGGGGGGAAGCGCGGACGCGGAGGGGAAUGGGGGGAACGGGGGAAACGGGGGAGAUGGGGGAAACGGGGCGAGCAGGGAGGAGGCUGAGUGCGUUAUUGGGGAUAGAGUGGCGCAAGUGGCGGGGGGGAGAGCCUUCACUGUGAUACUAACGAAGUCCGGGGACGUUUACACUAUGGGACAGGACACUAACGGGUGCUGUGGGCACGGGCAGGACGGGGUGGGUAAGAAAUUCCCCCAGCCGAAAUUAGUGGAGGCUUUAAGAGGCGUGCCCUGUCAGCAGGUCGCUACAGGGCGGAGCCAUGUUCUGGUGCUGGCUAGGGAUGGGACGGUGUAUGCGUUUGGAGCGGGGGGCAACGGCCGGCUGGGCCUGGGAGAUACGGACGACAGAAGCCAGCCGACGGCCGUGGAGGGCCUGCGGCCAGAGGUGCUGGCUGCCAUGCUGGGCGGGUUGCCGGGCGGCAAUCGUGGUGAUAUGGAUGGCAACAACAACGCGUGGCUGGUGCGAUCGGGCGUGCGUGUGAUGAAGGUGGCAGCUUCGGUUGAUUACUCCGCUGCCCUUGACUGCAUGGGACGGGUGCACAUGUGGGGUUCGGGCUACUGUGGGUGUCUGGGCAACGGCAGCGAGGCCAAUGAGGUGCUGCCACGUGUAGUGGAGGGGUUGUUGCACACACGGAUAGUGCAGGUGACGCUGGGCAAGCGCAAGACACUAGCUCUAGAUGACCAAGGGCGGGUGCUGGCCUUUGGGUGGACGGCGUUUGGAGGGCUGGGUGUGGCAGCAGGGCGAGACAAGGUGUUUGCUCCCAUGCCUGUCGAGGCUCUGGAGGGGAAGCGAGUGGUGCAGAUCAGCACGGGGGCCUACCACACUGUUGCCUUGUGCCGUGACGGCACCUGCAUUGGCUUUGGGGACAACGAGCAGGGACAGCUGGAGCUGCACUGA